AUGGGAAAAAUUGUUGAUUUACUGUCGCAUCCAGUUGAGCUUAAAUCAGCCCUAAAAUUGAAAUACAUUAGACAACCUUUGUUCACGAACAAAGACACUAGGGGGACGCCUGAAUUGAUCAGAUGUUAUGAACUCUUGAACUUGACCUCAAGGUCAUUUGCUGCAGUUAUCAUGGAACUACAUCCUGAGUUACGUAAUGUUAUUAUGUUAUUUUACUUAGUUUUACGUGCAUUGGAUACUGUUGAAGAUGAUAUGACCAUCGAUCCGCAAUUGAAAGUAAAAGUUUUGCGUGAUUUUGAUUCGAAAUUGGACCUCGAAGAUUGGUCAUUCAACGGCAACGGCCCAAAUGAGAAGGAUCGGGCUGUUUUGGUUGAGUUUCCCUGUAUCCUAAAGGAAUAUCAUAAAUUGAAGCCUGCUUAUCAAAAGAUCAUCAAGGAAAUUACAAAUAAAAUGGGGAACGGUAUGGCGGAUUAUAUUGUCGAUGAGAAUUUCAAUCUAAAUGGUGUUCAAACUGUGAAAGAUUACGACCUGUACUGUCAUUACGUUGCAGGAUUAGUCGGUGAUGGAUUAACCCAAAUGAUUGUUCAUGCAAAGUUUGGUACUUCCUCUCUAUAUGAGGGAAACACGCAAUUAUUCGAAAGUAUGGGCCUUUUCCUACAAAAGACUAAUAUCAUUAGAGAUUACGCUGAGGAUUUGGAAGAUGGCCGCUCAUUCUGGCCACGUGAAGUCUGGUCGCAGUUUGCUGAUAAAUUAGUCGAUUUCAGUUCCAGCAAUCCAAAACUUCAACGCAAAGGUAUUGAGUGUAUUAACGCAUUGGUAUUGAAUGCGCUCGGUCACGUGAUAGACGUCUUGACGUAUCUGAGCUCUUUGAGAGAACAGUCAACUUUCCAGUUUUGUGUUAUACCUCAAGUCAUGGCCAUUGCAACCCUGGAGCUUGUGUGCAACAAUCCCGACGUUUUGAAGACCAACGUCAAGAUCAGAAAGGGAACCACCUGCUACCUCAUUUUGAAAUCGAGAACAUUGAGCGGUUGCGUGGAGAUAUUCCAACACUAUUUGCGUCAACUCAAGGCUAAGAUCCCGGUCGACGAUCCAAACUACCUGAAAAUCAAUAUCCAGGUGGCCAAGAUAGAACAGUUCAUCGAAGAGAUGUAUCAGAACAAGUUGCCAGAGGGCGUCAACCCAGUCCAAACAGAACCAUACCGUUUGACUUUGGAGAGGUCCAAGUGGGAUGCCAAAGUCACCCCAAUCGAACAAGACGAAGAAUUCAAGUUCAAUCUGACUAUGACCAUGUUAAUGACUUUUGCAGCUGCCAUUUACUUUUACUACGUUAAAUAG